UCAUAAGCCGAAAACAGAGCGAGCGAGAAACGAUGGGAGGGAAAACCCCCACAGCGAGAAAUCGAUAUGGUCGACCGAGACCGAGACAGAGACAGAGACAAUAGAAGAAGAGAGAAGGACCGGGAUCGGGACCGGGUCAAAGACCGAGACCGGAGACGGUCCCGCUCACCGGACCGGACCCGGUCCAAACACGCCCGUUCCCGAACCCGCUCUCCCGACCGUCGAUUGAGGUCUCGCUCUCCCGACCGUCGAUUGAAAUCUCGCUCCCCCGACCGCCGCCUGAAAUCCCGAUCCCGAUCCCGUUCCGCCGACCGGACCCGCCGCCACAACCACCAUCGGUCCGCCUCUCCCGACCAGCACCGGAAGGUCCGCCGCCGCGACGACGACAGCAACAACAACAUCGGAAGGGAGCAGCAGCAGAAGCGGGCCCCACAAGAUGCUCCGCAGGAUGAGGCCGCUGCUGUUGACGUGGACCCCGAUGAAGUGGAGAUGAUGAAGAAACUGGGGAUUCCGGUGGGGUUCGACUCGACGAAGGGGAAGCCGGUGGCCGGCGCUAACGUGAGCGGGGUGCGGGCGGUGACGAAGCGGCAGCCACGGCAGUACAUGAAUCGGAGGGGCGGGUUCAAUCGGCCGCUGCCGCCUGAACGGAACCGGUAGCUCGCUGUCUCCUUGGAAAGAGAGGUGGCCAUGGGUCUGUGUCCGUGCUUCAUCGCUUUGAGCUCAUGUUAUCAGCAGACACUCUUCGCCUGUUUUGGGACUCAGAUUGGAAUUGGGAUUGAAACAUCGUGCUGUAUUUCAAGGGAUUAGUUGGCAUUGAAACAUCCAGCUGUAUUUCAAGGGAUUUUGUGACGGUGCAAACAUUGGUGUCCUAUCGCUUAGAUACUAAUAUUUCAAUUAGUUAUGAUCUAAUGACAUAUCAUUUCAAGAUAUGCCGGUAAGUUCUGCGUUGUUCCUUUUUUU